UUCCUGCCAUCCACGUGAAAUCGCAAGUAGGCCUAACAUGUGAAUCAGAAUAACGAUAACUUAGAAACAGAUACGAUAUCCCCAUACAAAAGCAUCGAUUGGAAACACCGGAUCGGACAUGAUUUGACUGUUUUGCAGAAAAUGGAGGUGAAGAGUAUUUGGGGCUCUCUAGCACUGUCUGUACUUAGUCGAGUCGCCCUUCUAUGGUAUGGUGAGUGGCAGGAUAAAACGAUGGCCGUCAAGUUUACCGAUGUGGAUUACUACGUCGUUAGUGACGCCGCACGACUGUUGCACCAGAACAUGUCUCCGUUUCACCGCCCGACGUACCGCUACACACCGCUUCUGGCAUGGAUGCUGCAGCCCAAUGUCGUCCUAACGCAGAUGUUCGGAAAGCUCCUCUUUGUCUUCUUUGAUGUGAUGACGGGUUACUUGAUCUAUUCUUUACUGAGGUCACAGGGGUUCAAUGAGAAAUUGAGUAAUGUUUGCGCAUGUUUCUGGCUACUAAACCCUCUCGCUGCCGCGGUGUCCUGUCGAGGGAGCGCCGAUUCUGUCAUGACAUUUUUGGUGCUUUUGACACUGAGAUUGCUCCAAGGUCGGAGAUAUAUCCUUGCAGCCAUUUCCUAUGCCCUCUCCGUCCACUUCAAGAUUUACUCUAUAACCUACGCAAUGCCAAUUUAUUUCAUGUUGAACGAGGAAAAUUUAGAGAAACUGGGUAGAAAAGGACACAGACUUGAACAGUGUAUUGCUUAUAUGUGGCCAACAGGGAGACGUCUCAUGUUCGGUGCUGUAGUGACAGUGAUUCUCCUUACAAUGACCGGUCUGUGCUAUCACUGGUACGGUUGGGCAUUUCUCGAGAAUACUUACCUGUACCAUAUUGGUAGGAAGGACAUUCGUCACAACUUCUCGCCCUACUUUUACCUGAUCUAUCUGACAGCGGAAUCCCCUCACUCAUCUAUUCUUAGCCUGCUGGUGUUUAUCCCACAACUCAUCCUCAUUGUCACAUUCUCCAUCACAUUAUACAACGACCUCCCCCUGUGCUGGUUCCUCAUAACCUUCGUGUUUGUGGCCUACAACAAAGUCUGUACCUCACAGUACUUCCUAUGGUACCUCUGCCUCCUGCCUCUCGUCCUCCCAAACCUACGCAUGUCUGUAAAGAAAGGAAUAGCAGUAAUAACACUUUGGUUCAUAGGGCAGGGUCUGUGGCUCCUUCCAGCGUACAUCCUCGAGUUCGAAGGAUUCAAUACAUUCACCUACGUUUGGUCAGCUGGACUCGUGUUCUUUUUUAUCAACGUCUAUAUAGUGAAGGUCGUACUGGACAACUACAUAGCUAAACCUCACACAAAAUCUCAAUGAUGGACCCACGUGCUUACUGGGAUAUAUAUACAAUAUUAAUGUUUUCGAUCAUCAUUACAGUCGAACAAUUGUAGCUACUCAUUAAACACAUUUAAAUUUUAUUGUAAUUUUUCUAAGGGUUGAAAUGGCAUGGCGAAAAUGUUGAUCAGGAAUGACGUUUAGCAUAGAGUUACAAUUAUCGUCCGGAUCAUUGUCAAAUAGUGUACACAUGUUGGCCUCCAUGUAGAUAGCAUGACCCUUUACUGUUCCAAACACAUGUGUACAUGACGACACGACUUUGAAAUAUAUUCAAAUACACAUAGUUGAAUGGAUUUAUAUAUUGCUUCAUGAAUCAGUCAUACUUAUAAGACAGAAAUCAACAACCUGAUUCUGUAAAGCAUACACGUCAACAGUCGGUAGCAUGUGUAUAUAUGUCAUCAGUGUGUGGUAUUAUUUCCAGAGGUAAACCAGAUGUUAUUGUACGAAGCCGUCUCCACUCGAGUUAUCAUUAUAAUACCAGUGACAAUAUACGUAGUAGCUAUAUACUGAAUGGCAUGUAACGUUUACGCUACCAGUUUCCCUAGGGAAAACACUGACAUUGAUACUGUAGUUAGGUAGCUGUUGUGUAGUGGAGCAUGACGUUUAUACUCUAAGCGGAACGGCAUUGAUACAUGUGUAUGUGUAUGGGGCAGCGUGUAACGUAUGUGGAAUGUUAUAUUGGGAAAAUGACGCUGAGAGCACGCAGAGGAAAUACCUUAGCUUCCUUCUGACGCUGUUCGUGGUUUUUACUACAUCUGAAUCCGCAUGUACAUGUAUUCGGUAUUAGCAUCCUAAUACCUAGGAAGCGUAACAUCAUCGACGUGAUGGCCUCGUGUACAAAUACUGAAAUAGACUCUUCGAUGAACGAUCAAUGUCCAACAGAGGAUGAAUAUGCGUUAAGGAGUGUAGACUUUCCUUCCACAGAAACUGUGGAGAUAGUGUAUUCAAGGACAGGGGAACAUGAAACGAAACGCACAGAUGAAAUACAAAAAGUACUUGAACGCUAUAUGCAAAGUAUACUACAUGCUUCUGAUAGAACCAUUUCUAUUGAACGGUAUUUGUAUAAAAUGUUACAGUAUUACAAGGAGCGUGUCGAAGAGGGCUACUCGGAUAUUAACGUUGUGGGUAGCACUGGAAACAAGCUUUAUGUGCCAGAACUUCAACCAAACGGAUCUUAUAAUUUUGAAGUGGAUGUUUUGUUUGAGAAACCCAUAGCAGGGAUGAUUAUACCAGUAUUAGGUGAACGAGGUCCAGUCGUGGCUUGGUUUUCAAUCGAUACCCUUGAUAACUUGCUUCCGCUGGGUAGUGUUGUAUUGCGUUUAGAACACUACGACGGUCAAUUCGGAUCCGAAUUCGAGGAACGGCAAUGGUUUCACAAGCACACAGAUUCCGGCAAGUUACUUUUAUCUUCAUUCCAUUACUGGGGCUCAGUGGUGUCGUCAAACAGGUCGAUUCUAGGCGAGCGCGAGCUACUUGUACAUCCCUCACCAUUGUUGCAACCUCUUUACAAAACUUUCAAAUCGGAGAAGAAGAGCCUGCCUCUCCAUGGACAAACAUUUGAAUUCGUCAUACUUAUGGAUAAAGUAGCCUCGGUUAGAAUACCUUGGCCAGAACAAGCUGCUUCGUUUAAAACAAGAUCAAGAAAAUGGCCUGAGGCGAUUAUCAUUGAGAAGGUCGUCACAGAUGGGUGUCACCUUGUGCAUAAUCCACAUAACAGAUCGGGAACGUAUUUGAUGGAGUGGAAGUACACAUUUUCAACAUCGGAACAGGAAAUAGUUCUCAAUUUUUCGCCCUUUCAGAGAUCUGUGUUUCUAGUUAUCAAGCAAAUGAAACGUAUCUACUUAGACUACGGAACGUCAGAGAUUGGAGAACCGCUUGCGGGCUUGACAACGUAUCAUUUGAAGACCGUUAUGCUUUGGCUGAGUGAAAAGUUGGAUCUGACAUUAUGGGAAACCUCUCCUCAUGAAUGUCUCAUCAUGUUCUUCCGGGAGCUUGAGAAAUGUUUGGACACUGAAGUUUGUCCGCAUUAUUUCAUGCCUGAAAUCAACGUCAUGCAAAGUGCCUGGAAACCGAAAAUGUUGCAAAACUAUGAAAACGAAUGGUUAAAACAAAAUGGACCAAUGAGAGAGAAGCUACUAAAAACGGUUAGAGACAUUAUUGCCCGUCCCGAUGAAUACCUGACGGACGAGCUACUUACGGCAGUGGACAGCAAACACGUUAUGGAAGCUAAGAAAGAGCCCGUCAAGAAGAUCAAAGGUCAUGGUGGCACAUACGCCGAACUGGACAUAUUAGACCAGGCAAUAGUCAGGCUGAACGACCAACGUGCAGUAAAUGAACUGAAUGUUGUUACGUAGAGAUUCACAUCUUUCCCUGCUGUAAAUCACCGACCAUCCUCGAUACUCCAGGGGUUACGCUCACUUACGCCCUUUUCACCUCUGGAAUAUGUCACAUUCGAAGGCACGCGGUUAGAUAAGUAUUUGAUUGGUCUCGGGUAAAACAAAAUUACCGAUCGCUAGGCUGAUACCUGUCCGUUGAAUAUUACAGCGGAGCGACACCCGACUUCAAAGCCAGUCAUUUUUUACUGUUACGCGACCGCGAGAUUACAUGUACUUUGAUGUACAUCAUAGGAUCGAACUAGUCUUUUUGUCUCAACAAGGUGGCGCACACUGAGCCUUCAAUUUUUCUAUGACAUAUUCCAUGGGUGCAGAGAGCGAAAUCGGAGUAACUAAAUCAGGUACUUUUCGCUAAUACUUACAUUUAUGUCUUACAGUAGUACUGUACAAAUGUCUAAACAGGUCUACUCAUUAUGUCAUUAAACAUAAUAUUGAAGUGACCACAUAUACAUAGCUUGUAUGUAAGAAGUGACUGGACGUAUUCAUUCAAGUAUUGUAAUGUUUUGUUUGAAUGAAUGUGAUGACUUCAUUAUUGUCCGUGUCUUUUUGCUUAUUUUAAGUUCUUCUCGUAAUCAUAUACAGUUCUGAUUAGAUAUUGAUAGCACAUUGCUCUGUUCAGGAAUUAAGGGCACAUAUUUACUAAAUUGAAAAUACACAAGAACACUUUAUUUAUGGAAAACAAAUGUGUCAAUUAUGUGUUAAACUAAUAAAUGUUGUUGCUAAAAUGAC